GUAUAAUAAAAUAAGAAGAUACUAGGGGCUAAUUGAUAUGAAGCAAGUUGUCAACAACGGGACUCGUUAAACCAUAUUGUUUUCAAAGACCAGCGUCCAGCAGUGCUGCUUUAUUUUAAUUCGCCUUUCUCUCGUCUUUCUUCUUUCUUCAUAUUGAAAAAGGAAGUGACGCAAUUGGAUUUAAGCCGAAUUACAACCAGAAUCUGUUGUGGCACCGUUGAUGCGAUGUAUGUUAAUAAAAUGGUGUAGGAAUUGUGGACAAAAAAGUGUACAAAUAAGUAAAAAAUGACAGAAUCAUGGAUCCAUAGAAGAUAAAGAAGUGGGAGGGCCCUUUUAGAAACAACCUGACCCCACAGGGCUCAACAGUGCUCCCGUCUUUUAGGAGCAUUUGCUCCUGGAAAUGUAUGUGCGCUAACUGGAAAACUAAUUUAGGAGUGCAUCUAGUAAUUGGGAUUUCUCAGUGUGCUCCUACAUUUUUAAACUUAGGAGCACAUAUGUACCCCUGCCCCAGAGGGAAUUAUAUGCAUGACUGGCAAAGUCCUUUGGAAUACCUGGAAUAUAAGCAGAUAACUAAUUUGCUCUAUAAGUACAACUCAGAAAUGGAGCAUUGACUCAUCACGAGUAUAUUAUUGGAGCUGCACUUUUGCACACCUUUGAGUAGCAGUAUGAUGCAGGCAGGAGUCUGUCUGAGACAGGACACUGAGACAACACUACCAGAGCUCACUGAGCAGCACAGGAUCAGACAGAAAGAAGAGGAACUCAGUGGACUGGAGUCUGUCUACAUGGCAGAGUCAGAGACAGAGUAUGCUGCACCAGGACUCAACACACUGGAGCCAGAGUGUGUUUCAGCACACAGUGGGGUCAGUGAUGUGCACCAUACACACACAUCACUGAUUAAAGCAGAACCUGAUCUGGUCUUCUCCCACAAUGAGGAUCAUAAGACAGAAAUCCUAAAAAGUACAGAGCUGCAAUAUGUAACCCAUCUGCGUCCUGACCAAAUCAAAACAGAGACUGAUGAUGAAGGAUACCUGAAUGAAGAACAUAUCAGCGAAUUGCAGGAUUUUAAAUGUGUAAUGAAAUCUGAUCAAAUGAAGUGUGAAUCCAGUGAAAGUUUAGAGAGUGAUCUCGUGGGUAUUGUAAUGAAUGGAGCUGAUGUUGAUAACAGAGACCAGGCUGAACGAUGGCAAUGUGCUGCAGAUUCAUAUCAAAAUUGUAAAAAAGAAGAAAUUUGUGACCUUCUUACCCAAUAUGGGGACUUAAGUCAUCAUUGUGACAUAGACAAUGAGAAUAGCCAAACCAGAAUUGUCCAAGAAAGUUGCAACAGUGGCAACAGACCUGUAAAUUGUCAGAGAACGAACGUGAUAAUUGAACCCAUGAUAAUUAAUUCAAGUAAAAAUUCAAGCCUUUUGAAUUUCAUUCAAAAGAAGACAACUUGUAAAGUUGAGAUUCAUAGAGGUGAAAAGCUGUAUAAGUGUAGACAGUGUGAGAAUUGUUUUACUACCAAAUCUGGUUUAAAAAAACACCUGAGACUUCAUACUGGUCAAAAGGUGAACAGGUGUACGCAGUGUGAUAAGUGUUUUAAUACAAAAUCUAAUUUAGAUACACACCUAAGAGUUCAUACUGGUGAAAAACCCUACAAGUGUACACAAUGUGAGAAAUGUUUUCGUACAAAAUAUGACUUAAAUUCACACCUUAAAAUCCAUACAGGUGAAAAGCCAUACAAGUGUACACAGUGUGAGAAGUGUUUUUAUUCUAAAUCAAAUUUAGAUAUACACCUAAGAAUUCAUAUGGGUGAAAAGCCGAACAGGUGUACUCACUGCGAUAAGCGUUUUAAUAAAAAAUCUCAUUUAGAUAUACACCUAAGAAUUCAUACAGGUGAGAAACCUUACAAGUGUAUGGAGUGUGAGAAGUGGUUUCGGACAAAAUCUGAUUUAAAUACACACCUGAGGAUUCAUACAGGUGAAAAACCGUACAAUUGUACACAGUGUGAGAAAUGUUUUAAUACAAAAUCAUCUUUGAAUACACACCUGAGAAUUCAUACAGGUGAAAAGUCCUACAAGUGUACACAGUGUGAGAAGUGUUUUAAUACCAAAUCUGGUUUAAAUAAACACCUGAGAAUUCAUACAGGUGAAAAGCCCUACAAAUGUUCUCAGUGUGGAAAGUGUUUUUCAAUAAAAGCUCAUUUAAAUAGUCAUGAGAGAAUCCAUACAGUUGAAAAGCGAUACAAGUGUACAGUGUGAGAAUUGUUUUUCUACAAAAUAUGAUUUUAACAAGCGUGAGAAUUCAUACCGGAGAAAAGCCAUAGGAUUGUACACGGUGUGGGACACUCUUUUCCACAACAGGUAACUUAAAUUCAUAACAUUGAAAAGCCAUACAAGUGUACACAGCGUGAAAAAUGUUUUAAUCCAAAAUCUGAUUUAUAUACGCACCUAAGAAUUCACAGAGGUGAAAAGCCCUACAAAUUUGUUCAUUGUGACAAGUGCGUUUGCCAAAUAUCCUCUUUAGAAUCCUCCUUUUGAUAUUCCUUAAUGAUCAUAUUUUGGACAGACAGCUGAAAUAAAGGAACAAUGGUUCAAACUGUGGUGCCUAUUAUAAUAAGUGUUUGUGACAGCUUCUUUUAAAAUGCCAUUUUAUUUCUAUUUAAAUGGAAAUUGUGAUUCUAGAUUGUAGAUUUAAGGGUGUCAUUCUGUGAUUAAGAAAUCAACAACCAUGUAAUUUGUUUGAAAGAAACAAUGUGAAAACUGAACACACUGUAGAAAGAAAUGUGGUGUAAUGUGUUUGCAAAUAAAAACCAGCAGACCGUAACCAAAAGUGUUUUUGUAGCUUAAUGUGUCGAACUUUACAGAACUUUAUGUAGCAAACCUGCAAGUUCAGUCUCUGGUCAAUCAUUGUUUUACUUGUUUUUAUUUUUUCAUCCCCGAUUUUAUCAUAGUUUUUCCCAACCCCUAACUUGAACAAACGUGUUGAUCUGUCACCAGCAA